UUCAUUAAAGUAAUCAGUGAGGUUGGUCUUCAUUUAAAGUUAUGGUUAGACAUAAAGUAAGCAGUGUGGUUUGGUCUUCAUUUAAAGUUAUGGUUAGACAUAUAUAUAAAGUAAUCAGUGAGGUUGGUCUUCAUUUAAAGUUAUGGUUAGGCAUAAAGUAAUCAGUGAGGUUGGUCUUCAUUUAAAGUUAUGGUUCGGCACAAAGUAAGCAGUGUGGUUUGGUCUUCAUUUAAAGUUAUGGUUCGGCAUAAAGUAGACAGUGUGGUUAAGGUUAGGUUUAAAAUCAGAUUAGAAGAAGAAACAUUUUUGAAAGAGGCGGAGCUUCUGACUUCUGACGACCGAUAGGCUCCCGCCCAAUGGGCCCUUUUGGCUCCGACCAGUAGGACCUGUGGUCAUGACUUAUUAUCAUUGACAGACCAACAUAACACUCGGAGUGAUGAGCUCAUUAGUUCAGCUCCAUACAGGUAAUAAAGGGACACUACACCUUCAACUAAAAGGUUGUCAGACGUUUUCAGUUUUCAGACUUCCAAAGUGAACUCAUGUCAGAGUGAAUGGAAAAGAUAAGCCCUGGAGAAACCCCUUUGGAUUGAGGCAUAUGGUAUGAUCUACACAACCAAUGUCGUGGGUUCCAUCUUGAAACCCUGAAACCAGUCUACUUUUGAGGUCUGAAAGUCUUUAAUUUACGAGUGACAUGUCCCUUUAAAGAUGUGUUUCCCAAUCCUGGUCCUGGGGACCCGAACGGGGACACAUUUUUCCAAUGUGCUAACAUACCUGAUUCAAAUCAAAUUUGAUUGAUGGUGAGUUGAUUAGCUGAAUCAAAUGUGUUCGGUGCUAGGGCAAAAUGUAACCCCCCCCUUUUGGUAUUGGGAAACACUGCUUUAAACAAUACACUUUAUUCAGUUGUUCAAUGUUUCAGUGUCAUCACCAUGGGCACAUUGGCACAAGGCUAACUGGCAUAGAUUAUAUUUCUAAUAGUUAAUUAGUAACGAUUAAUUAGUAACUCUGUUAAAAACAAUAUUCCUUUUACUGUAGUCACAUGACGCGCCCCACCACCCCCUCCUCCCCUGAAAACCUACUGGAUAUAUUCUCUAGCUCAAUGGUCAAAUCCAUCAUAUGCUGAUUGCCGUGUGUCUGAUCUGAAGAGAAGCUGAACAGAAUGAUGUCAUCGGGUGUUCUGAUGGUGCUCCUGUUCUUUCAACAUGUUACUGCAGACAGCUCAGGUACGGUUGUUACCAGUUGUGAGGCGUGUCAUGACCAAGCCACCUGCCUAGACUCACCUGUGGAACGUGAGAGGGGAGAUGCUUUCCAAACCGUCACUUGCACCUGUCAAGAUGGCUUCGUUGGCGACGGCAUCACCUGCUACGACCUUGACUUCUGCGCUAAAGGCUCCUGCUGUCGUCAAGGUUACGGCUGGUCCUCGGAGCUGGGCUGUGUGGACGUUGACGAGUGUUCCCUCCCAGACCAACCCUGCAGCCCUCCUCAGGUCUGUGAGAACACCCCCGGAUCCUUCAACUGCCUGGUGCCUCCUGAAGACGACCUCCAAUCCAGUCCUGGCGACUCCCGUUCAGUGCAGUUUCAGUGCGGGGGGAGACGGUGUCCAGUGGGAGAGGACUGUAUCAGUGUUGGUGGAACGUCCCUCUGUGCAGACCCCUGCCUGCACUACACUGUACUGAAUGACGACUGGCGUUCCACCACCAACUAUGGUCCAGCUAACGGCUACCACUGUGACUCGUCUGUCAAGUGGCAGGGCUGGUAUCGCCUGUUCCUGGGGAACACCAGUGUUCAGAUGCCAGAGAGGUGUGUGGAGAAAUACAUGUGUGGGACGGAGAUCCCCUUGUGGCUUCCAUUAGCUCAUCCCCAGCUGUUAGACGGGGUGGUUCAGAGGAGCGUCUGUGGACACUAUUAUUAUGACUGCUGCUACAGGAGGCAAAAUCCCAUCCAUGUCAAAGCCUGCUAUGGAAACUACUAUGUCUACAAGUUUGUCCCUACAACAACAUGCAACAUGGCCUACUGUGCAGAUGUCAACACCACGGUGUGUUCCACAUGUGGAGUGUUUGAUGCCUGUGUGAGAGACAAUGAGACCACCUGGAGAUGUGAGAGGAAAGCUCCAGAGCUGGUGUGUGGGCGGAGCCUCCUGAAGGUGGGCCUUCCAAACGUUUACCUGGAGGCUGCUGGUCUGGAUGCUUCCUCUGCCCACCUGGCUGACGGACGCUGCUCCGCCCACGAGGAUCGUAACGGCUCAGUGUGGUACCAGGUGGAGCGACGGGAGGGACACUGUGGAAACACUCUGGAGACAAACACCACCCAUGCUGUCUACUCCAACAGCUUAUUAGUUUAUCCAGUAGAUGGGAGGAACGGCUCCCGACCCUUCGGCUUUCCCUUCUCCUGUGUCUAUCCUCUGGAGACAGAGAGCAGUCUGGAUGUGGCCAUCAGACCUCUCCCACUAACUGAACAUAAAGUUGUCCGAGUCGGUGCCAAGGCCAAGGCCUCCAUGUCUCUGUACCGCGACUCCAACUACACACAGCCUUACCCAGCUGGUCAGCCAGUCACCCUGAUUGCGGGUUCCUCCCUGCACGUGGGCGUGUCCGUAGAGGAGUCCGAGGCAGAACGUUUUGUUGUUGUUCUGGAAGACUGCUACACCACGGAAUCCCCCAGCCCUGAUAAUCUCCCACGGACCUACAUGAUUCAGGACAGGUGUCCUACAAAUCGCACCCAGGUGACAGUGGAGGAAAGUGGCUCGUCCCUCAGGGCUUCGUUCUCUGCUCUACUGCAGGGGGAAUACCGUUACAUCUUCCUGCACUGCAGCCUCAGCCUGUGUGACCAGGGGAUCUCCUCCUGCACUCCAGUGUGUUCCAGGAGGAGAUCCCGCUCUGUGUCCAAGUCCAUCCUCCUCAAGCCGCUCACCAUCGGGCCAAUCACCUGGGCCCAGAGCCUGGAGUGAGCCUUGGGAACCCCCCACCCCACCCCACCCCCCAGGGGCCCAGAGUCUGGAGUGAGCAUUGGGAGCCCCCCGCAUGUCAUAUGAAGGAUGGGGUCCCUCCUGCACUAAUCCCCUGAUCUCCAUCCCAACGUACAGCCCAGUGUAACUUUCAAGGGCACAGAAAUACUUGUUUUGAUUCUAGUAAUGAAUUUAUGCACUAUAGUGUGAUUUCAUUGUACUGUGUAUGUUGUAUACACAUAGACUUGCAUUGUUUUAGGACUGAUCAUUUCCUCAAAUCAUUGUGUAAGUUCCAACCAAACCUGAGUUGCUGUGUGUGUGAGUUCCAACCAAACCUGAGUUGCUGUGUGUGUGAGUUCCAACCAAACCUGAGUUGAUGUGUGUGUAAGUUCCAACCAAACCUGAGUUGCUGUGUGUGUGAGUUCCAACCAAACCUGAGUUGCUGUGUGUGUG